UGCACUCCUGGCUGAAGUCACCACGUGUGUCCCUUGAAUGUGGCAUCUUGGGGGCUAUUUUUUUUCUGUUUGGUAUCUAUGUCCUGGCUCUGUUUCUGCGUUUCUGGGAGUCUCAUUUAGGGUAGGUGUCACUUCCAGGUGGGCAUAGCCCCACUUUGGGGCUCAGGUCAUCCUAUGUGCCCCUUCCUGGAGACACUGCCAGCCCCUCCCUCCUGCAGUGGGCCCAGUGGCUCUGGGAAGACAGAAGCUGCGAAAAAGAUUGUGCAGUUCCUAAGUAGCCUGGAGCAGGAGCAGACGAGGGACAGAGGGUGUCAGCUGGAUGAUGUGCUGCGCAUGCUCAGCAGCUUUGGCCAUGCCAAGACAGUCCUCAAUGCCAAUGCCAGUCGCUUUGGCCAGGUCUUCUGCCUCCGCCUGCAGCACGGGGUCGUCCUGGGGGCAUCUGUGUCACAUUACCUGCUUGAGACCUCAAGAGUGGUGUUUCAGGCCCAGGCUGAGCGGAGCUUCCACGUUUUUUACGAGCUUCUGGCGGGGCUGGACCCCAUGGAACGGGAGCAGCUCUCCCUACAGGGGCCGGAGACCUACUACUAUCUCAACCAGGGCAGGGCCUGCCGGCUCCAGGGCAAGGAAGAUGCCCAGGACUUCCCAGGACUGUUGAAGGCCCUGCAGGCACUGGGCUUGUGUGCCGAGGAGUUGACUGCAGUCUGGGCUGUGCUGGCCACCAUCCUGCAGCUGGGCAACAUCUGCUUCUCCUCUUCAGAGAGGGAGUCCCGAGAGGUGGCUGCCGUGUCCAGCUGGGCCGAGAUCCACACAGCAGCCCGGCUGCUGCGGGUGCCACCUGAGCGCCUGGAGGGGGCUGUCACCAGGAGGGUCGUGGAGACGCCCUACGGCCAGGUCUUGAGAUCCCUGCCUGUGGAAAGUGCCAUCGAUGCCAGGGACGCCCUGGCCAAGGCCCUGUACUCGCGGCUCUUCACCUGGCUUCUGAGGAGGAGCAACGCAUGGCUGGCACCCCCCGCGGAGGGAGGCAACGCGGACACUGUCACUGUCGUGGACGUCUAUGGCUUUGAGGCGCUGCGAGUCAAUGGCCUGGAACAGCUGUGCAACAACCUCGCCAGCGAGCGCCUACAGCUCUUCUCCAGCCAGAUGCUGCGGGCCCAGGAGGAGGAGGAGUGUCAGCGAGAGUUGCUGCCCUGGGUGCCCAUCCCCCAGCCUUCGCAGGAGUCCUGCCUGGAUCUCCUGGUAGACCAGCCCCACAGCCUCCUCAGUAUCCUGGAUGCCCAGACAUGGCUGUCUCAGGCCACGGACCACACCUUCCUGCAGAAGUGCCACUACCACCACGGUGACCACCCAUGCUACGCCAAGCCCCAGCUGCCCCUCCCCAUCUUCACCGUGCGUCACUAUGCCGGAACUGUCACCUACAAGGUUCACAAGUUUCUAAACAGAAACCAGGAUCAUCUUGACCCUGCCGUGGUGGACAUGCUUGCCCAGAGCCAGCUCCAGCUUGUGGGCAGCCUGUUCCAGGAAGCAGAGCCCGAGUCCAGGAGAGGACGAGGCAAACCCACGCUGGCCUCUCGCUUCCAGUGUUCCCUGGGGGACCUCAUAGCCCAACUGGGCAGGAGCCAUGUCUAUUUCAUCCAGUGCCUCAGCCCCAACCCGGGAAAGAUGCCGGGCCUCUUCGACGUGGGUCACGUGGCAGGCCAGCUGCGCCAGGCAGGCAUCCUGGAGGCCAUAUGUACCCGCAGUGCCAACUUCCCUGUUCGUGUGCCCUUCCAGGCCUUCCUGGCCAGGUUUCAGGCCCUGGGGACAGAGGGGCAGGGAGAGCUCUCUGACCGGGAAAGGUGUAGCGCCAUCCUGAACCAGGUGCUCGGGGCUGAGUCACCGCUCUGUCACCUGGGAGCCACCCAGGUCCUGCUGCAGGAGCCGGGAUGGCAGCAGCUGGAGCAGCACAGGGCCCAGCAGCGCUCCCAGGCCCUGCUCACUCUGCACCGAGGCCUCCGCGUCUGCAUCUCUCGCCAGCGCCUCCGCCUCCUGCCACGGAUGCAGGCCCGUGUGCGAGGACUCCAGGCCAGGAAGCGGUACCUCCAGCGGCGGGCAGCUCUGGGGCAGCUGAGCACCAUCCUGCUGGUGGCCCGGCCCCUGCUCUGGAGACGGCAGAGAUUACAGCUUGGGCAUUGGCGUGUCUGGCACAGCGGUGGGGUUCCUGAGAAGGUGUCAAGCAUGGAGCUGGGGCGCUUGGAGAUCCCAGCUGAGCUGGCUGUCAUGCUGAAGAGAGCAGAAGGCCAUAAGCACGCCCUGGCCGAGAACAUUACCGAGUCCAUGCCCCCAGAAAUUCCGGCACGGCCCAGCCUGACCCUCCCGCCCGACAUCGACCGGUUUCCCUUCUCCAGCUUCAUCUCCACCAGCUUCCAGGAGCCAUCCCUGCCCCAUCCCGGGCAGCUGCUGGCCAAGCCACUGACCUGGCUGGACAGUGAGGACCCUCAGCAUGCCCUGGAUAUCAACAAGGUGAUGCUGCGGCUCCUGGGGGAUGGGUCCCUGCCAUCCUGGCAGGAGCAGACCAUGGGCCAGUACCUGGUGCGGCAGGGGCAGCGCCGGCCCGGGCUGCGCGACGAGAUCUUCGGCCAGCUCGUGGCCCAGCUCUGGCACAACCCGGAUGAACAGCAGAGCCAGCGCGGCUGGGCCCUCAUGGCCAUCCUGCUCAGCGCCUUCCCUCCAAUGCCCAUGCUGCAGAAGCCACUGCUCAAAUUUGUGUCCGACCAGGCCCCCAGAGGCAUGGCCGCACUGUGCCAGCACAAGCUGUUGGGUGCGCUGGAGCAGACACAGCUGGCUCCUGAGUCUGCACGGGCCCACCUACCCACCCAGCUCGAAUGGACGGCCGGAUGGAGGAGGGGCCGCAUGGCACUGGACGUCUUCACCUUCAAUGAGGAGUGCUACUCGGCCGAGGUGGAGUCCUGGACCACAGGGGAGCAAUUUGCCGGGUGGAUUCUGCAGAGCAGAGGCCUGGAAACACCUCCGCUUGGCUGGUCUGUGUCACUGUACUCCAGGGACUCCUGGCGGGACUUGGCUGGCUGCGACUUUGUGCUGGACCUGAUCGGCCAGACUGAGGACCUGGGGGACCCGGCCAGUCCCCAUAGCUACCCCAUCACUCUCGGUGGCUUAGCCGAGGACAUCCCCCCAGCCCCUAGCAUCCAGGCCCCCUCACUGCCCUCAAGUCCUCCUCCAGGUCCAGCCCCAGCACUGCCCAGCAGGGGUUGCCCAGGUGAGUCCCGGACCUCAGGAAGCCUGGAUGGCUUCCUGGACCACCUCUUCAAGCCAGUCCUUUCCCCCGGCCUCAGCGAUCUGGAGCAAGGCAGGGCUCUGAGUGGCCGCAUGAAGGGAGGGGGCUCAGUAGGGCCCAUGCAGCAAGGCAGCUACCCCGUGGUGUACCCAGGGAUGAUGCAGAUGCCCGGGUACCAGCCAGCCAUGAUGCCUGCUCCCAUGCCUAUAAUGCCAGCGAUGGGGGCUGUCCCCGCCAUGCCAGCUGUGGUGGUGCCGCCGCAGCCACAGCCCCAGCCCCAGCCCCUGCUUCCCAGUGUGGAUGUGAGGCAGCUGGCAGCCCAGCAGCAGAACUUCAUCAACCAGCAGGCGCUGAUCCUGGCCCAGCAGAUGACUACCCAAGCCUUGACCUUGUCCCUGGAGCAGCAGACACAGCGCCAACGCCAGGGUCAGACCCAGGCCGCUAGAGCUGCCUCCCCACCUUCACCCCCAGCCAUCACCCCCAAGCCUGAGAACCCCCCCACCCCUCAGAAGGAGCCAGAGCAUGAGCCGGAAUUGAUGGGUGCCUACUUGAGGGAGACCUCACAAGAGGUUGAAGAUAGGCCCCGGAGGCCCAGGAGCUUCCAGCAGAAACGAGAGUAUUUCCAGAAGUUGGGGCAGCAGCAGAUCAAGGUGAAGAUGAUAAAGCCUCCAGCCAAGGUGAAGAUACCCCAGGGGGAGGAGCAGGAGGAGCCGGAAGAGGAGGAAACAAGAGCAGUGCCGUCGCCUCCUCCCCCACCAGUAGUGAAGAAGCCACUGACACAAGGUGAGGCCAAAGCUGCACAGGAGGCGGAGGCUGAGCCAGCCAUGGAGGCGGGGCCUGACCGUGGCUGUGAGCCGGCCCAGGACAGAGCCGUGGUGCGCAGCGCGGACCCCACGCCCCGGCCGGGGGAGCCGAGCAGGGAGAUCCGCAACAUCAUCCGCAUGUACCAGAGCCGCCCAGGCCCCGUGCCUGUGCCUGUGCAGCCAUCCAGGAAGCCCCCCAAAAAUUUCCUGAAGAAAAACAACCCUAAGGACGAGGCUCUGGCUAAGCUGGGGAUCAACGGUGCCCACUCACCCCCUUCGACACAGUCCCUCAGCCCGGGGAAGUGUCCCCCACCAGCUGUGGCCCCUCGACCCAAGGCCCGACCACAGCUUGUGCCGUCCAACUCCAUCAAGGAGAAGCAGGGGCCCCUUCACGAGCUGUUUGCCCAGGCCCCACCCACUGCCCAGAAACCCCCACCUCCACCAGCGCCCCCACUGCCUCCGCCUGGGGACCCAGGGACCCCUCCAGCUGAGCUCCACGGCUUGAGGGAGCCCAUGGGGGACCAGGGCAUCUCCACCCAGCUGCUCGCGCCCUCGGGCAGCGUGUGCUUCUCCUACGCCAGUGUGCCCUGGAGGUUGUUCCUGCGCAAGGAGGUGUUCUACCCCCGGGAGAACUUCAGCCACCCCUACUGCCUCCGGCUCCUCUGUGAGCAGAUCCUGAGGGACACUUUUGCUGAGUCCUGCAUCCGGAUCUCCCAGGAUGAGCGGCGCAAAAUGAAAGACCUGCUGGGAGACCUGGAGGUGGGCCUGGACUCACUGGACACAGCUGAGGACGGUGUCAAGAAGCGCAUCGUAGUGGCCGCCAGGGACAACUGGGCCAAUUACUUCUCCCGCAUCUUCCCUGUCCGGGGCGAGAGUGGCAGCGAUGUGCAGCUGCUGGGUGUGUCCCACCGGGGACUGAGACUGCUCAAGGUGAUCCAGGGCCCCAGCUUCUACCCCAACCAGCUGAAGACUCUCUGCUCCUACAGCUUUGCUGAGGUGCUGGGCGUGGAGUGCCCAGCUGGCUCCACCCUGGAGCUGUCGCUGAAGAGUGAGCAGCUGGUGCUGCACACGGUCCGGGCGAGAACCAUCAGGGCUAUGGUGGAGCUGUUCCUGAGCGAGCUCAAGAAGGACUCCAGCUACGUCAUUGCCCUGCGAAGCUACAUCACUGAUGACCACAGCCUCCUCAGUUUCCAACGGGGAGACUUCAUCAGGCUGUUGCCAGGGGCCACUGUGGAGCCAGGCUGGCAGUUUGGCUCCACCGGGGGCCGUUCCGGACUCUUCCCUGCUGACAUAGUGCAGCCGGCUGCUGCUCCAGACAUUUCCUUCUCAACCGAGCAGAGGAGCGGCCGGCACAAGAGCCAGCUGCAGCACGGAGAGUGGGGUAGGGCGUCGGAGGCACACAGUGACAACUUGGCCACCAGCCUGUCGCCCUCUGUGGACUCCCAUGACUACACCAUGCAGGAAUUUGCCUUGCGCUACUUCCGGAAGCCCCAAACCUUGCUGGACCAGACAGGUAGAGGCACUGAGAAGAAGGCCAUGGCUACCCUGGUGCAGUACACCAAGGCUCCCAUCCAGACAUCACUCAUCAGCUUCAGUGAUGAGGACAUGAACAGGCAGGCUGUGGGAAGCUUCCAAGCUCUGAUGCAGUUUAUGGGGGACCAGUCCAAGCCCCGAGGCAAGGAUGAGCUGGAUCUCCUCUAUGAGCUACUGAAGCUGUGCCGGGAGGAGAACCUCAGGGAUGAGAUUUACUGCCAGGUCAUCAAGCAGGUCACAGGCCACCCGCGGCCGAAACCCUGUGCUCGAGGCUGGCGCUUCCUCAGCCUCCUCACAGGUUACUUUCCCCCAUCGACCACGCUGAUGCCCUAUGUGACCAAGUUUCUGCAGGAUUCCAGCCUGAACCAAGAGCUGGCCCGGAGCAGCCAGGAACAUCUCCAGCGCACAGUCAAAUAUGGGGGGCGCCGGCAGCUGCCCUCUCCAAGUGAAAUGAAGGCUUUCCUGAAAGGACAAGUAGUCCACCUGCUUCUAAUUCACCUGCCUGGGGGUGUGGAUUACAAGACCAAAAGCCACACUUUCACGGUGGCGGCAGAAGUGCUGGAGGAGCUGUGUGGGAAGAUGGGCAUCAGGGACCCCCAGGAAGUGCAGGAAUUUGCCCUCUUCCUAAUCAAAGGGGAAGGCGAGCUGGUGCGGCCCCUGUGGCCCCAGGAGUACCUCAGCAACGUGGUGGUGGAUCGGGACGUGAGCCUGCACAGCUGGCGGCUCAGCUGGGAGACCCGGCUGCACUUCGAUGACCCCACAUACGUCAGCACCCACUACGGCCAGGUGCUGCAGGACUACCUGCAGGGCAGGCUGUUGGUCAGAGCCCAGGCAGACACCCAACUCGCCAGGCUGGCUGCCUUGCAGCACCUCAGCAGGGCGCUCUCGGAUCCCCCCUCAGAGCAAGACCUACUGGCUUACUUGCCAAAGCAGCUGCAAUGGCAGGUGAACAUGGCCACUGUGAAAAGCCUGACGGGCCAGGAACUGAGGCAGCUGCAAGGAUGUAGCUCCCAGGAAGCACAGAUCAGCUUCAUCGAGGCCGCAAGCGUGCUGCCCCUCUUCGGCUACACGGUCUUCGUGGUGCUGCGGGUGAGCGAGCUGGGCCUGCCCGGACCCGGCCUCCUGGGGCUGAGCCGCCAGCACCUCAUCCUCAUGGAGCCCCGCUCCCAGGAGCUGCGCUGCUCCAUCGCCCUGAGGGACCUGCAGCGGCUCCACCUGCUGAGCCCAGCGGAGGCUGAAGGGUCCCCUGGCCUGGAACUCAACUACGGCUCGGCUGACAGCCCCCAGACCAUCUGGUUUGAGCUGCCGCAGGCCCAGGAGCUGAAGCACACCAUCACCUUCCUGCUGGCCGGCGACCCGCCUUCGGUUUAGUGGCCCAGCUUUACCCAGGAGGACUGGGGGAGGGGCGGAGAUGGGGACGGGAACCCUCUCUGGCCCAAGUCUCACCCAGAUGGUCUCCCUUGGGCGCUCUCAGGCAUUUGGGGUUGGACUUUGCCACCUGGCUGUUCUGGAACCUGCUGCAGCACCGCCUAGCUGGCCCACACACACGGCAGCCACGAAGCUGGGGCUGCUAGAGUGACUUCAGCUGGGAAAGAGUCGCAAGCCUCCCUCUGGGGUGGACCUGGCCUGGGGUGGGGCUGCAGGAACUUGGCCCAGGUGUCUAAUGUUGCCCAUUCCGGGGACAUGCCCACCUGGCCUCUGGCCCAAUAUCAGCACAAGCCCAGACUGGGGAGAAGCAGCUGCUGAGGAAAUAAAACCCCAAGAGAACCGG